AUGGCAGAUCUUCUUUACGAGCUCUUGUCCCCUCCUUCAGGGGACCCAUCAUCCAGGCCAGCGCCCGAUCCAAGCUCACUCGAGUAUCUGACCAGUCUCUCAUCACAACCUCUCACAGCAUUGGAGACAACCGAGCCACAAGCCCUCGCCCAGACUUCACAUGGUCUCCUUCUAUCCAUCCAGGCUCUUUCAAAGAAGUCCCACAAGCAAGUCAUCGAAUCAGCAACCCACCACUCCACCCUCCGCACCAGCCUACCUGCCCUAGCAGCCAGCACCGCCGACCUGCGACAUUCCAUCCCCAAGCUUGAUCACGAAGCCGUCCGCUUCUCGACAAAUUACAGCAAGUCCAGCGAGAGCGAUGUCCUCCUCCGGCGCAAAAAGGCCCUCUUGCUCUCUCGAAAUGUCGAGCGGCUCGUCGACGUGCUGGAGCUGCCCAACCUUCUAUCAACAGCCAUCUCCACUGCCCCAGUCAACUACUCCUCUGCCCUCGACCUGAACGGCCACAUUCGCCGUCUGCACUCGCUGUACCCGGACUCACCUCUGGUCACCUCCAUCGCCGCCCAGGCAGAUGAGGCCAUGCGCACUAUGGCCGCCAACCUCAUCCAAAGUCUAAAAUCUCCAGGUCUCAAAUUAGCUGCUUCUCUACGCACUAUCAGCUGGCUUCGGCGCGUUCUUCCUGACCUAGAGGCUGCCGGCACAAGCAAGGGUCACAACUCUCAAGAACGGGUGCUGGGGGCCCUCUUCUUGGUCUGCCGACUGGCGACGCUGGUAAACACGCUCGACGCCUUGGAACCACUACGUGACUUGGCCGACCAGGAGAAGGCGAGGCAAAAGGCGAUUGGAAGCGGGAAUGCCUGGUCGGGCGGGCAGCAAACGGAACGCUAUCUCAAGCGGUACAUUGAGAUCUUCCGUGAGCAGAGCUUCGCGAUUGUGAGUAUGUUUAGGAGCAUAUUCCCUCCUGCUGCUCCAAAGGGGAAUGGCAAUGAGGGUUCGGAUAAUCCCUUGAAGCAACAAGAUGCGCUGGAACCCAUGCCGGCUGCGUUGGCGACGUUUCCGCUGCAUCUGGUGGAUAUGUUAUUGGAGACACUGAGGCUGUAUUUGCCCACAGUGAAGGAUCAAGCCUCAAGGGAUAGUUUGCUGACGCAGGUCCUUUACUGUGCCGGAAGCUUGGGAAGGCUCGGAGGCGAUUUUGGACUGUUCUUGGCCAGUCUGGAUCUUGGGCCGGAAGCGGAGGAGGAGUGGGUGGAGGUUGUGAAGAGACACAGGGCUUUGGCUGGAAGACUCGAGUCGAUUGUGGGGGAUCAGAAGAAAUAA